AUGUACCGGAAGGAGCCGAGCGUCCCGCUGCGGAGCAGCAGCGCGGCUCUGUACAACAACCUGAGCGUGCUGCGGGCGGGCGGGCGGCCGCUCACCUGCUUCGGGGCUGUGCACGGGCCCAGCCUCAGCCUGGUCACUGCCGACGGGCUCGGCUUCACCCACCGGCAGCUGCCGGCCAAGGAGGCGGGCACGGCCCUCAGCACCUCUCUCCUCACCCAGGCUGCGUGGUGUGUCCUGCCAUCACGGGUCCUGCUGGUGCUGACCUCCCAGAAAGGGAUCCAGAUGUAUGAGUCUGAUGGCUCCAUCAUGGUUUAUUGGCACGCGCUGGACGUCGCAGAGCAUCCUUCAGCACAAGCAGUGUUUGCUCGAGGGAUUGCUGCAGCUGGAGGACACUUCAUCUGCGUGGGGACAUCCUCGGGGUCAGUGCUUGUGUUUGACAUCCCCCCAAAAGGAACAAACAUCACAGUGAGCGAGGUCCUGGAGGAGCACCGCGAUGCCAUCACCGACAUCGCCUCAGAGCUGGCGCAGGCUCCGGCUGGAGCUGGUGAUGUGGUGACUGCUGAUGACGCUGGCACCCUCUGUGUCUGGAGCUCUGGAGAGGAGUUCACCUUGCUCAGCAAGAUCCUGGCCUUUGGCUGCUCCUGCUCCUCAGUGAAGCUGUGGCAGGGCGUCGUGGCUGCGGGCUAUGGGAAUGGGCAGAUCCGGCUGUACGAGGCAGCCACCGGCGUCCUGCACGCAGAGGUCAACGCUCACGCCCGCUGGAUCUAUGCCCUGGACCUGGCCCCACAGACAGGAAAGCUGCUGUCGGGUGCAGAGGACUCUUUUGUUCAUGUCUGGAAGAUCAGCAGGAACCCAGACACGGAUGAUGUGGAGAUCGAGCACUGCCACGCCGAGUGUGUGACCGACACCCAGGUGUGUGGUGCCCGCUUCUGUGACCCCGAGGGACUCUCCUUCGCCGUCACCGGCUACGACCUGAGCGAGAUCUUCCGCUACAGCCGGCCAUAG